CAGUUAGCUGUAAUCGGCUAAAUAUAGAUUUGAAGAAAUGACAUUGAACUUGAUUUAAACCUCAUGAUCUCUACUCAUCAUCAUCCUCAUCUCCUCAAAGCUGAUCAUGAUCAUUUUUCUGGUUAGCUUUGUAUUUUGGUGCAACAUUUUAAGUCGAUACAAAACCCAAAAGAUCAACCAAAGUAUCGAGUUAAUGUGAUCAAGUCUUUGUUUUGUUUUUUUUUCGUUUUCUCAAUUUUCUUUCCUAAUUUACUGAUUUAAUAACCAAUAAUGGUUUGUGAUUUUGACAGUUCAAUUGAAAAGCUUCCUGAUAAUGUAUUAUUCACCAUAAUCAACAAAGUUCAAUUCCUUGAUGAUCUGUUCAAUGUUUGUUUAGUUAACAGACGAUGGAAUGAUCUUGGUCAAUACAGAUUACAACACAUCAAACAUUUAAUUGGUUUACCAAAAGAUAGUCAAGUUACAAUCAAAGAUAGAGAGACUCUGUUUUUCAAUUCCUCACCGAUUCCAAGUUCAUCUCGAGUAAAACAAAUUUUACCAAAUAUUCAGACAAUUUUAAUUAAAGAAAAAUUGGAUUGUGAUAAAUUAUCAACUGCAGGGACAGCGGUAAGCUGUUGUAAACAAGAGGAGUUCCCAGGCCGGGUAGAGCUGGCAUCAGAUGCCAAAGGUUUAUUCAUUUACGAUUGUGUCAAGUUAAUUUUAUAUGAGCCCAGUCCUGAGAUUGAAUUGAAUGACCCAGAAGUUAAAUAUUUGAAAACAUUUCUUGAUCUCAUCGAUGUUUAUGGCCAAUAUAUCGAAUCAUUGACUAUCUUAACCUUAGACUGUCAACAACUUAAAAUUUUGUCAAACCUAUUGACAGGUGAUAAUUGGAAAGAUUUGGAUGGCAAUUAUCCUGCGUAUCCUGAAGAUGUUACCCAUCUAACAAUUGGUAUUCCUGUUUGGUAUGAUUUUCGUUAUGUAACUUUACGAUGUCCUCAACUUGAAACUCUUUAUUUUUUGGCUCGAGACUCAUGGAACCUUGUGACACAUCAUCAAUUUGAUUCUUUUCAACAUUAUAGUUUAAGAAACUUGUUCCUUGAAUUUUGGGCCAACGACUAUUGUCACAUUGAUCCAUGGGUCUAUGUGAAAUUAUUUCCCAAAAUACGCCAAUUGGCUAUCCGUGAUCAUCCCAAGCUUGACGAUUCUUCCGUUUACUCGCAUCUGGUUUCACUCCGUUAUCUGGAUAAUCUUGAUGUACGAGGUUGUCCCAAAGUUUCACCUUCAUCGACUGAAAAAAUAAUUUGGAAUGCUCAGUGUGAUUUACCCCAUCGUGUUAAUUAUUUUUGUGGUCCUUACGAAAGAGUCAAUUUUGUCAAAAUAAAUGCUGACUUUAUAUUUACUUCUUGGAAACUUGGUUCUGUCAAUCCAUUUGAUUUGUAUUCAAUGUUGGCUCGACAGUUGUUAAGUGCUGGUCAAAGGCUAACCUAACUCAGCACAUUGUCCAACAAUUUGGCUUUCACAAACUCUGUAUAUAUUUGCUUAUCACGAUGUUCAUGUCAAAUAUUUAUACAUAGAUGCGUAAAAAUAUUGUAUAUAAAUCCUGGAAUACCUGUAAAGACCAUUUAAGUUUCAGUAUCAAUCAAUAAACGGUUUUUGAAUGUGA